AUGGCUUCCUCAACAGCUGCCCCAAUUACGGCACCUCCAUCACUAUCCCUCCCUCCAUCCCAAUUCGCCCGCCUCCAACCCCACGCCUACCUUCUCGCCCAUCUCUCCCCACCAGCGGCGAGCAAUCAGCCCUCGAUCCGCGCCAAUGGCCGUGCGGCAUCCCAAUUCCGCGUUACGUCUGCCAAUUCCGGCUCUUUAACUCACACAAAUGGAAGUGCGGUUGUACGGAUCGGUGAUACGGCCGCUGUCUGCGGUGUCCGCGCCGAGCUUUUACAUACAGAAGAUAUCGCUUCUUGGAGCGUGUCAAAGGCCUCUUCAGAAGAGAAUGCCGACAACUCAACCGACCAAGGAGACUCUAGGACCGAAGAUGAGAAAGAUUGCUUCCACGUUCAGGAUUUGAACCUACUUGUUCCCAAUCUCUCUUUGAGCACUGGAUGCGCGCCAGGCUUUACACCCGGUGCACCGCCUAGUGUUUUGGCGCAGUCGCUCUCUCACCAAAUUCUCUCUCUCUUGCACAGCACCCGUCUCGUACAAGCGGACGACUUGCGCAUCUGGUAUCAGCCGCCCAAUUUGGAAUCGCAAGAGUUCCGCAACGAGGACGAACACAUGGAUGUGGACACAGAACAGAGCGGGGGACCAGAACGCGAGAUUAAGGCAUUUUGGGUGCUUUACAUUGAUGUCAUGAUUAUUUCAUUGGCUGGAAAUCCAUUCGAUGCGGCUUGGGCUUCUGUCUUGGCUGCUUUGCGCGAUACGAAGCUCCCGAAGGCUUGGUGGGAUGCUGAUAACGAGACAGUCUUGUGUUCGGACAAUGUUGCUGAUGCGCGGAAGUUGUCUCUGCGUGGCUUGCCUAUUGCUAGCUCUUUCUGUUCCUUUGAGGCUGAUGCCGCUGCUGGUUGGAGAUCGGUUGUCGUUCCUGAUGCUGAGGAGCUGAAGGCGCAGAAGCAGAAGAAGAGUGGCUCUCAGCAAAGGUGGAUCUUAGCAGACCCGGAUGGGUACGAGGAGGGAUUGAGCCAAGAGCGAGCUUGUGUUGUUGUUGAUAAAGAUAAUGGGAAGACGGUGAUUGUGAAGAUGGAGAAGCACGGUGGUUGGGCAGUGGACAGUGAUGAUCUGCGUCAGCUUGUGGAUGUUUCCGCUCAGAGAUGGGAUGAGAUGAAGCGGAUACUGGAUCAAUGUUGA